AUGACCGAAACAACAGGUUACUCUGGCAGUGGGCUUGUCCACAUUAAAAACCCGCACCUGGACUCCAUGGAGGAGGACGUUCUGUAUCACUUGGACUUGGGAACCAAGACGCACAACCUGCCGGCGAUGUUUGGGGACAUAAAGUUUGUCUGCGUGGGCGGCAGCCCCAACAGGAUGCGGGCCUUUGCCCAGUUCAUGCACAAGGAGCUGGGACUGACGGGUGACGGGGAGGACCUGGCAGACAUCUGCGCGGGGACGGACCGCUACGCCAUGUACCGGGCUGGGCCGGUGCUCUCCAUCAGUCACGGGAUGGGCAUCCCUUCCAUUUCCAUCAUGCUUCAUGAACUGAUCAAACUGCUGCACCAUGCAAAAUGCCGAGACGUUACUAUUAUACGCAUCGGUACGUCCGGAGGCUUAGGGAUCGAGGCCGGGUCUGUUGUGAUCACGGACACAGCGGUGGACUCCUCCUUCAGGCCACAGUUUGAGCAGAUGGUGCUGGAUGACGUGGUGGUGCGGAGCACUGAGCUGGACAAGGACCUUGCGGAGGAACUGCUUGCCUGCAGCAAGGAGAUUCCUGACUUUCCCACUCUCAUUGGCCACACCAUGUGCACCUACGACUUCUAUGAAGGUCAGGGGCGAUUAGACGGAGCAUUGUGCUCUUUUUCCAGUGAAAAAAAGUUGGAGUACUUAAAGAGAGCGUAUGACGCCGGCGUGAGGAACAUCGAAAUGGAGUCUGCGGUGUUCGCUGCGCUGUGCGGGCUGUGCGGGCUGAGAGCUGCUCAGACUUUCGUUCGUACAACAUCUACAGAUCUGUCAAAACCCGACGUGCACCAGAGCGUUUGA